CAAGGAGCGACCAGUAGUACCAGCAGACCAGUCAAUUCAUGUCAAACCCAUGCAGCUACGCCCCGAAUGGCACGCCCCUGUUAUCAGCCUCCACCCCGUGGCCCGCUUCGCGCAGCGGCGAGAUGAGGGCAAGGGUAAAGCCAAGGAAGUCGAGGAAGACGAUGCUCCCAUGGCUGCGCCGCUCGAAAGUCGAGCCGGAGACGCCUCCGAGCCGACAACUCCUCCAGCUGAGGAAUACGCCGCCUCCGAGCAGGAGACCACGCCCAAGGACAAUGACCCAUCUGAAGAGGUCACACAUACUGAAGUCGACGCCGCACGCCGUCCUCUGUUCGGUCUGUAUUCAGUCGGCAAAAUCCCCUACUAGAAGGAAGUUAUUCCUAAUAACAACAAGUUCCUCCCGGAACCCCUAAAGCAGCUAGAAAAGCUAUAAAAGCUAGGUAAGCAGAAGGGCAGGCCUUAAGCCGCCUUUAAAACCCUUUAG